GUCGACACUCGACAACCGUGAGCCGAGCCAUAAUUUAUAAACUUUUGAAAAAAUAACUUUUUGGUUAUGUACCAUGUUGUGUUAAUAAAAUAAGUAUUAAUAAUAUGUAAAUAAGCUAUUAAAAGUACCCGUACUAGGAGGUUAACGAGUAAAUAUAUACAAAAUGAAAUUAAUAACACAUAAUAUGCUUACUUCCAAAUGUUUAAAGGGUGUUGUAACUGGAUAUCCACUUGCAAUUAGUGCCACAAACAUUAAAGUAACAGAGGUCGAUUUUAAUCCAGAUUUUAUUGUGCGUAUUAUACCCAAAAUAGAUUGGGAAGUUUUUUGGAAAGCCGCUGAUAGCAUAGGUCAUAGUGAUGGAUUACCUCAGACAGUUGAAAGCAAGCUUCAUGAUAAUAAUGACUUUUUAAAAAAGGUACACAGAGUGCUUCUUGAAGUUGAAAUAGAUGAAGGCCACUUAACAUGCCCUGAAUCUGGCAGACAAUUUCCAAUUACAAAAGGAAUUCCAAAUAUGUUACUUACUGAAGCCGAAGUACAAUAAAUGUUAUGUAGAU